CGAUAAUGAAAGCGCAGUGAAAUUUUUCAAGAUGGCGCCGACGGCCAAGGCUGAACAGAAAAAAAGUGAUCAGAAAAAUGCAACGAAAAAGGAGAAAGAUCCCAAAAAGAAAGAAGAUGAACCCGAAAUGGUAAACUACCUGAUAUGUUUUAUAUUUUGUGAAAUUUUUGUAGUCUGGGCUUGGUGCUAAAGCAAUUUAAAACGGUCUUGAAAUAAAGCCAUAUUUUGCUUUGUUAGCUUUUGUGGUUUGUACUUUUGUACCAAAUUUUAAGUUUGUCGCUUCAUAUCCCUUUUGAUUUGUGUUUUAUAGACAGAAGAAGAUAAACAGUUACUAGAGGAACUGAAUAUGCUUGUCGAAAGACUAAAGGUUUUGUUAGAUUACUUAUUAUUUUAAAUUUUUUGUCUUGCUCUACAGCAUGCUGCCAAUUGUCUGACUGUCAGUCGAAAACUAAUGUUAUUACACCGAGAAAGGUGUGCAAGAAUACUCUACAUAAAGUAUUUAAUAAGUUUUAAAGAAUUGAGUAUUUGAGAAAAAACAUUAGUUUUAUAUUUCCUGAAAGCUGAAACUAUCGGCCGGCAAAGGCUCAGACUCGGUCGUUGCCCAGUGUGGAAAGUUUGUAUCACACAACCAAGAUAUUGGGUGUGUAAUUGUGAUGCUUUUUUGAAUUUUUGAAAAAUUUCCAAACUUUCCAGUCAGGGGCGUUGCAACGUUUUGGUCCAAACAUAUUGGUCCAAACGUAUUUAACAUGCCGAAGCAUCACAUAUCUCUUUAAGUGUUAGGGCAUCUUCAGAUUAUUCCAAAUAGGUGAAAUAACAUCUAAGUACAGCAUUCAGAAAAUUGUCUGAUUUUAAGUCCAGUGUGCGAAGUGAAACAACGCUGGAUGUGAUCUCAUGCGUGCAAACAAAAUGUUGUGAUCUGUGUCAUGUGUUAAUGGACAUAUAUAGGAUGUCUGUGUACAUAACUAUUAUUGGACGUUAAAUCGCUGCACUUGAUUGCCGUAAUUCAGUUUUAACCCAUUGAGCAUCAGCAGCUCUCCCCAUGAUCAGUAAAUUCAUCUGGCAUUAGCCAGAGUAAAAUGACAAAGUAGGACACAGUGCAACUCAACAGGUUAACUGACAACAAAACUGCAUAACUUUCAAUCACUCAUGCUAUUUAUGUCAAAUUUUAGCCACCAUUUAAACAGCGCUCGAAAUAGCGGGCUGCCAAUGGCCAAAAACAGGCCAUAUCUUAGAAAUGGAAGGCAAAAACAAAUUUGAACGGCCAAAGUAAAAAAAAAAUUGGCAGGUGAAAUUGUAUAGAUAUAUUUCAUUUCAUUUGCUAGAUCAUUUAGUUAAUUAAAUAUGUUUAUAUUUGAAAUGUAAAUCCAAGUUUACUGUACAGUAAAAUAGACACGUUUAAAAAUAAUAAAAAUGCAUAUUGUGAAAACGUUGAUUUUUACAAUACGACUCAAAUGAGACAUCGCAAUUUUGGCAGUUCAAUGAAUAAAAAUGGACGUCUAAAAUUUAUUUCACCUGCCAGAAAUUUUUAGACUCACAGGCCAUAUUUUUCUCUAAUUCAAGCCCUGCAUUGAAACCAUUUUGUUCAACUUUCAACUUACAUUUUGGCAUAUGAGCUGCAAAAAAGAUCAUGCAUGCACUUACCAUCCUAUGGAAACUGGAUUUAUAAGCAAUAACAUGACCCAUUUUAGGAAGCCAAUGUGGAGUUACACAAAGCAAGUUUGGAAAUGUUGAGAACACAGAUUAAAAGCAGUACAAGUUCAAUGACGUCAGUUCCAAAACCGCUGAAGUUUUUACGACAUCACUAUGGCACGAUGAAAGAGCUGUUUGAAACAUGGCCUAGUCAAGAGAAUAAGGUACAUGAAAGUAUCCAGUAUAAAUAAAGUUAGUUUAGUUUAGAUAAGAUGGUUUAACCCAUUAAGCGCCAGUGCUCUCCCUUUGAUGAGUAAAAUCUUCUGGCGUUAGACAGAGUAAAAUACUAAAGUAGGGUGCAUAAGGGUGCAAUGCGACUCAGUGAGUUAACUAGACACAUGGGCAGAUAGGCCAGUUAACCCAUUAAGCGCCAGCACUCUCCCCUUGACGAGUAAAAUCGUCUGGCGUUAAACAGAGUAAAAUACUAAAGGUGACUCAGUGGGUUAAUAAACACUUUGCAGUUACAGACAACUGAAUUAACAAGUUAUUUACAUGUACAUAGUAUUAUGAUAGAUCUACAUUAAAUUUUAUAAUAGCUAAAAAUAUUUAAAAGUAGUUUAGUCAGGUUUCUUGUGUUGUUUCAACAUUGUGUUGUUUCAACAUUGUGUUGUUUCUUAGGCGCUGUUGGCAGAUGUUAUUUCUAUCUUGGCCAUGACAAUCAGUGAAGAAAGAGAAUGUCUAAAAUAUCACAUGUUAGGCUCUAAUGAUGCCUUGGAAUCAUGGGGGCACGAAUAUGUCAG